CGUAAAGCUUUGAAAAUGUUUCUUUUUAAUUUAUUAUAGAAUUAACUAUGGAUGUUGAAGAAAAUAUUGAUAAAGAACCAAAAGUGUACGUCUAAGUCUUAGAAAAAAACUAAAACUCAUUAAAAUAAAGAAAAAUAAAAAGGUUUUGGAGCAAACAGAACCUUCGCCAGUUUUACAAGAUGAUGGAGAUGGAGAUGGAGAUCAACCACAACAAAGUUUCAAAGAACAAAGCGAUAUUAUUAAUAUCGAAUCACAGGAAGAAGAAAUGGAGAAAAUUAAAAUGAACACGAAGAUACAACGCAUUAAGAAAAAUACGGAAAACAAACAUGGGUAACACGAGAAAUUGCCGAAAUAAUGGGUCGUGAAUAUAUUUUACUAACAACAUUACGUGACACAUUAUUUUUCAUCAUAUUUUUGAUUCUUAUGACAAUUGCUAGUUUGGGUGCGAUCGAACCGGAAGCUCACAAUUUAUUCAAGCUAAUGGAGAAUGAAAUGCUGCAGAACAAUGGUUUCUAUGAUAUUAAUACCCCUUCACAAUUUUGGACUUUUCUAGAUGACUUCUUCGAGAACAGUUUCUACUGGGACUAUUGGUAUUAUCCUGUGCAUAACAUAGCUCCUGCUAAUAUCAACGAACGUUAUGUCUUUUACGAAAACAAAUUAAUCGGUGUGCCAAGAUUAAGACAAUUGAAAGUCCGUGGAGAUUCUUGCAUGAUUCACAGCUACUAAAAGGUUUUCCUCAAUUGCUUCGGGAAGUUUAAUUGGAAAAAUGAAGAUACAGCUACAUUUGGUCCUGGAUCCGACUCCGCAUGGAGAUAUACUAGUGAAUCUGAACUACAAGACUCAAGACACUUUGGUAAGUUUGCCUGGUACCACGGUGGAGGUUACUACAAAGAUUUAAGUUUGUACAAGAAUGAAACCAAGGCGAUUAUUGAAGAUCUCAAGAAUAAUCUGUGGGUUACUCGCGGGACAAGGGCGAUUUUUCUCGAUUGGACUAUGUAUAACACUAAUCUGAAUCUUUUUCUGCAAUUUCGUUUGGUUUUUGAGUUUCCCCGAACCGGCGGUGUGGUGACAAUGCCCAGCGCGCAUAUGUGUUCCCUGCUACGUCAUCAAACCAAAUACGAUUAUUUCAUUCUUGCUUGCGAAAUUAUUUGCAUAAUGUUUCUGAUUUACUACACUAUAGAAGAAAUUAGAGAGUUUGUGUACUUCAAAUGGAAGUAUCUGCUUAUGUUUUGGACGUGGAUUGAUUUCAUUAUUAUCUCUUUUGGUUAUGCUGCAAUUGGACUUCGAAUCUAUUCAGAAAUAUCCAUACAUAAAAGAUUAUUGACUCUGAUUGAUAGGCCAGAGGUUCACGCUAACAUGCAAGUGCUUAUGCAGAGAAUGUUCUUCUACAGAUUGUUGUUGUCAUCGAUGUUGUUCUUUAUUUACAUGAAGAUAUUUAAGUACUUGAACUUCAACAAGAGUAUGGCGCAACUUAACAGGACUCUGUCGCAAUGUCGUAAGGAUAUGAUUGGUUUUGGUAUGAUGUUUUUUAUUAUUUUUAUUGCGUUCGCCAUCUUGGGGUAUUUAAUCUUUGGUACGGAGGUGGAAACGUUUAGUACUUUCUAUCUGGCGAUGUUUACAUUGUUGCGCACGAUUUUGGGCGACUUUGAUUACACUGAUAUCGAGAAGGCAAAUCGUGUGAUUGCGCCCAUCUUCUUUUUGAUGUUUAUAUUUUUGGUAUUCUUUGUGUUAUUGAACAUGUUUCUGGCGAUUAUUAAUGAUACUUAUGUCGAUGUGAAGACUGAGUUGGCAAUCGCACCGGAAGAGAUGCGAAUGUCUGGGUUUGUAAAGCGUGGUUAUUACAAUGUUUUGAUCAAGCUAGGCCUUGGGAAAUAUGUUAAGUUUGAAGAAUUUCAACGUAAUGAGUUUGAGAUGACUACGUCUGAGAUCAAGGGCGCGUUAAAACGAAUUGGUUUUGCUGAUUUGGAAAUUGAGAUGUUUCUAGCACGAUAUAAUAUUGAUCCAUCUGCGGAGAUUCAACAAUUUGAUAAGCAGAAGUUGAUUGAUUUGUUGGAAGGGAAAGCACAACCUGAGCCUGAAUUUAAGAAGAAAAAGAUUGGAAACGAAUUCGAUGAACCUCUGGUAGCGUUGGAUGAUUUUCUUGAACAACAAGAACAAUUGAAGAAAAUCGAGGAAACCAUUCACGAAACCACAAAAACCCUUCACACUUUACUGAAAAAGUUAGAAAAGAUGGACAAUGUAAGGAAAAUUAAACUUGAACAAGACGAACUGUAAUAAUGUUCGAAUAUAUUUAAUAUCAUUAUUAUUACAAUAUAAACAAUAAUCGCUAUUUACAACUCUUCGCUUGAUUUAGCAGAAAAAUGCGUAUGAUUUUAUAAAUCAGUCGUAUAAUUAUCAAAUAAUCAUUUAUAAGAGUUUUAAAUAAGUCUAAAUAUUACAACAUUACCAAUUAAAUUUACUUCACAAAGCUGUCCGGAUAAACACAACGCACACAAAAGAUAA